UUCGUACUGCUUCUUCUGUCGUCAUCUUCGUUCGAACAAUGAGGUAGCCAUCAAGUUCAUUGUAUAAACCCUAAAACCCUAAUCACCAUUUUAUGCUUCAAUCUCAUCAAUUUCAAAUUCAAAUUCAAAUUCAAUUACAAUGAGUUGGAGAAUUUUUCUUUCUUCUUCAAAACAAACCCUAACCAAACUCAAAUCAAUCUCAAAUUCCCAAUUCUCCAAAACCCUCUUCAAACAAUUACCCAUUUCAUCAUCAAUCAUCACUCACCGAACUCUCCAUUUUCAUUCACAUGAAUCCAGCACUUCACUGAUCGACCCAUCACUCAAAACCCACUUAAACGACACCACAAUCCACCAAAACGACGAUGAAGAAAUCACCAACGAGUUUCUCUCUCGAUUCGCUUGGAUAAUGAGGAAAAAAGUUAAAGAAGUUUAUCCCGAAUGCGAUAAAAGUACCGUCGAUGCAAUGCUGCUUGUUAUUGUUGAAAGGGUUGUUUCAGAAAUGGAAAAGGGUAGUGGGAGUGAUGAAAAUGUUGCGUUUUCGCGAUUUGAUUCGGUGGAUUUUAGUGAGGAUUUAUGGAGGACUGUGUGGGAGGUUAGUAAUAAGGUUUUGGUUGAUAUGAAUAAAGAGAGGAAGAAGGAGAAAAUGAAAGGGUUUUUGCAGUGUGAUGAAGUGAAAGAGAUGUGUAGAUUUGCUGGUGAAGUUGGGAUUCGGGGCGAUUUGCUUAGAGAGCUUAGGUUUAAAUGGGCACGUGAGAAAAUGGAGGAACAUGAGUUUUAUGAGGAUUUGGAGAAAAUGAAGAAAGAGACUCAGAUUGUUGAUGAAGAAAUAAAAAAUGAAUCCGAAGAAAAUGUCGAUGUUGAUGCUGGUGUUCGUGUUGACGGUAGUGUUGAGGAGAAGAAGGUUGUUGGGCUUCCUAAGAGGAAAGGGAAAAUUAGGUUUAAGAUUUAUGGGCUUGAUUUAUCUGAUCCUAAAUGGGAACAAGUGGCUGAUAAGAUUCAUGAGGCGGGAGAAGUUAUUUGGCCGAAGGAGGUGAAGCCGAUAACCGGGAAAUGCAAACAAGUUACCGAGAAAAUUCUGUCCUUGAAGGAGAAGGAUGGAGAUGAUAGUUUGUUGACCCUGUUGGCUGAAUGGGUAGAGCUUCUUCAGCCUACUAGGGUGGAUUGGAUCAAUUUGCUUGAAAGGUUGAAAUCUCAGAAUUAUCCUUUAUACUUCAAGGUGGCAGAAAUGGUAUUAACUGAAGAUUCUUUCCAAGCAAAUAUAUCUGACUACUCUAGGCUUAUUGAUAUGUAUGCUAAAGAGAACCGCAUUGAUGAUACUGAGAGGAUGCUUAAGAAGAUGAAUGAAAAUGGUUUACAACCAGAUGCUUCGAUAGCCAAUGUGAUGGUCCACAUGUACAGCAAGAUAGGUAAUCUUGAACGUGCAGAAGAAGCAUUUAAAAUCUUGAGUAGCCUGGGUUUCCAACCAGACACGAGAGUCUACAACUCAAUGAUCAUGGCCUAUAUCAAUGCUGGUGAACCUACAAAGGGCGAAACACUGAUGAGGCAGAUGGAGACGAGAGAUAUUAAGCCUACAAAGGAAAUAUACAUGUCAUUGCUCCGAUAUUAUUCUCAACGUGGCGACAUUGAUCGUGCCUCACGAACUUCAUCAUCUCUGCAGUUUGCAGGACACCCGCAGACUAUGGAAACAUGCACCCUGCUUAUUGAAGCAGCAGCAGGUGCAGAUGACCUAGAUAAGGUAAUCUUCAAUUUUGACCAUAUGGUAAAACUUGGGCAUAAGCCUGAUGAUAGAUGCACUGCUGCCAUGAUUCGUGCUUAUGAGAAAACAAAUUUAUUGGACAAGGCAUUGGAUCUUCUUAUGACGUUAGAGAAGGAUGGGUUUGAGCCUGGGAUUGUGACUUAUUCUGUUCUUCUGGACUGGAUGGCUAAAAUGCAGCUUGUCGAUGAGGCUGAACAGAUUUUAAACAAAAUUGCUCUGCUGGGCGAGGCUCCUCCUUUUAGGGUUCAAGUUAGUCUUUGUGAUAUGUAUGCAAGGACUAAAAUGGAGAAAAAGGCCCUUCAAACACUAGGCGUUCUGAUAGCCAGGAAGGAAGAGUUACGACCAAAUGAGUUUGAGAGGAUUAUAUCUGGCCUUAUCGAUGGUGGGUUUUUGCGGGAUGCAGAAAGAAUGCAUGGGAUUAUGGAGGCACAGGGUUUCAAACCAUCUCAGCAGCUUAAUUUAGCCCUUAAAUCUGGCCGCUUACCAUUAAGUAUGAGGUAGUUUAGAGGUCAUGAGUAGUGCUGUUGUUAUUCUUUCUUUGUCAAGUGACCAACAAAUGUACUGCUUUAUUAAGGGAGACACGGUCUGAUAGAUUGACCAUAACAUAUAACCAAUAAAGUAUUUUUAGUUUAUGCUCUUGAUAAGUUGUUGGUUUCUCAAUUGUAUCAUGUUUAUGAAUUUUGCCAUGGUUACAUGUUUGCAAGUGUUCGGAUUACACUGAUUUAUUUCUCUUAA